AUGGGCGUCAUCAUGUCGCGGCUGUACUCAGCCAUGGGCGACCAAGAGGCGCGCAUCCUCGUCCUCGGCCUGGACAACGCGGGCAAGACGACGAUCCUGUACCGACUCCAAGUCGGCACGGUCGUGUCCACGAUCCCGACGAUCGGAUUCAACGUCGAGACGGUGACGUACAAGAACAUAAAAUUCCAAGUCUGGGACUUGGGCGGCCAGAGCAGCAUCCGGCCGUACUGGCGGUGUUACUACCCGAACACGCAGGCGAUCGUCUACGUCGUGGAUUCGUCCGACGUGGAGCGCGUCGGGACGUCGAAGCAGGAGUUUCAGGCGAUAGUAGAGGAGGAGGAGCUGAGGGACGCGACGAUUUUGGUGUACGCGAACAAGCAAGACGCGCCGGGGGCGUUGGACGACGCGCAGAUCGCGGAAGGGUUGGGCCUCCACGAGAUCAAGAAUCGAAAGUGGGCCAUCUUUAAGUGCUCCGCGACGAAAGGCGAAGGGCUGUGGGAGGGGAUGGAGUGGCUCGCGAACGGGUUGAAGAGC